AUGUUCAUAUCCGAUAACUCCUAUCGAUACUUGGUGUUUCAACGCAUCAACCAUAUCUUUACUAUUGCUAGACAGGCUGUAGAAUUUGAUAAGCGAAAAGACUACUCGAAGGCUUUAACGCUGUAUAGUGUGUGUUCAACUUUGAUAACGUCGGAAAUUGAUUCCUGGGAUGCGUGUUGUGGGAAUGACGCGAAGUCAUUCCUUAUUCGCUUGCGUUCUCUGUAUAAUUACCGCAUGGACUCGAUCCACGAGAUGCAGCUAACUUCCUAUUCUUCAGGCUGCAAGUUUGAAGAUGAGUCUGUGGAUUUAAAUUCCUUCUCGAUCACUCCCUCUCCCACAUUCUCCUUCCCUACUCCCGAUCCCCAUUGUCAACCCGACAAGCUCAAAGACCGUCUCAAUCUGAUCCUUCGGAUCGUCAAACACAAGCCGUUCAACACGAACGUGCAUCUUCCGGCCUCCAUCUUCGACUUUGACAACGUGGUCAUUCCCCUGUUCUCCGUCAAACUCAUCGCUUUCGAGCAGCUCCAGUCCAUUUCCUUCAGCCAUUCCACGCCCUCCAUCCUCUGGACGACCGCCUCAAAGAUCUUCCGCGCGCUUCUCUCUCUCAAAUCGGAAGCAGAGUCGAAAAUGAAUUUCGUCUCGCCCAGCAGUCUUUUUACCGCGGUUCGCAACGAAAACGCGCGGCAAUCCAUCGAAGUGUUCCCCGAUGCGCCGAUCACCCGCGAGUGCGAGAUGUGUGGUGAAAUUUACGUGUAG